UAAUAAUCGAAUAACAUUUUAUAAUGCACAUUUUAUAAAACUUAGGCGCAAACGCGCACGCUUAAUCUAGACCUAACCUAUACCUAACUUAUAUACGAUACAUAACGAUACCUAGAAUCGUUUCUAUAUUUUCGACUUUAACCUAAUACUUAGCUUAUGACCUACCUCGCUUCUAGUUAUAAUAUAUUUAGGCUGUGUUCAUUGCCAGUACUGAAAUUGUAUAAUAGACAAUUUUAUAUAUAUUGUAAAAAUCUUAUUUAUAUUGAAAAGUCUUAUGCAAUUGAUAUACUUUAGUGAAUAUGGGCGAAGCUGAUAAAGAAAAAGCAUCACGCCAGUAUGAUUGGUCGGUAUAUAAGACCAUGUAUAUUAUACAAGGAUGAAUACGAUGAUUGUACCAGUAUAAAAGCUCGUUUCCAUCAGUACUUCAUAUUUGGCGAAAGUAUCGAUUGCAAUCAAUGGAAGAUUGAUUAUGAUAACUGUUAUCAAUGGCAAAAAUACAAAUCGGAAGAGGCAUAUGCUAAGCUCAUUCAAAGUGAAAAGCAACGUAGGAUAAAUCGAUUACAAAGUCAUUAUCAGAAUAAUGUUUGGGAGAGACGAGAGAAACCACCAGAGAAUUGGAACGCUCCACUGCCUGAAUGGAUGGAAAAAAAUUUCGAAAACUCAUACUUGCAAAUAAGAAGCAAAGAAAUGAAAGAAGGCACAGAGCAAGUAUCUCCUCUCAACUCAAAAUGCACUAUAUUGUAACAGUGCAUAGCAAAUUUGUUACUGUAAGAUUUAGUAUAGCCUGUAUAUACAUGAAUCUAUUAUUUAAAUUGAGUCACAUGUGUACAAUAAUAUAUAUGAUAAAUGUAUGUGGAAUUUUACAGUUUGUGAAUAAAUGUGUGAUUAUAAUGUGA